CAAGCUCAACACGUCAAGCAAUGAUGAAGCCAUUGGCCAACAAGUCCUUGCACGACAUCUACAUGGAGAAAGAGAUCAAACUCUAUCGCAACUUGCCCAUUCGAUUGCUUUUGGACCGAGAUACGUCCAAAUUUUGGAGGGGUCAAAGCGUUUGCGGAAAGUUCCCAAGAAUAUACGACAUUCGAUUGAGAAACACUCAAUAUCAAAGCUUGAACACCACUAAUCAAACCGUGCUCCUUCAUGGCGCGUACUACGACGAUCGGAUCCCUGGACAGCCGUACAUCAGACUUAUUGCGGGCGGACGGUUUGCCAACGGACUUCCACCCAUGUUCUGCCAAAUGUGGUUCAGGGAUCAAAAAUAUCCUGUCGAGGUUCCAGUGGCUUGGAGUAGAUAUCUUCAUGGAAACGGGGUUCAUGGUCAUUGGCAUCCCGAGAUGUUCUUUGGACAUCUCAUCACGUGUCCCAUUCCCGAGAAGGUCAUUCACAAAGUCCCAGAUGUGGUGACCAUGGUUGCCAACUCUUGUGACAGGUCGUACAAUGCAUUGAAGGUCUGGAAUGAGCGGCCAAAGAAAAUUAAAGACUUUGCGAUCUGUGUGAAAAGCAUGUGGUCGCCGUUCAAAGAUAACACUAAGGCCCUUAUUGAAUGGAUUGAAAUCAACAUCGCUCAAGGAGCAAAGAGCAUUCAAAUGUAUGUCCAAACAAUCACGCCCAACAUCAGAAAAGUGUUUGACCAUUACGAGCAAUUGGGCUUGGUGGAAAUUUUCCAGAUGGAGUGGCCAGGUUCAGUUCCAACCUCAGCUUCGCCAUGGCUUCAACAAUGGUAUUAUCCAAAUGUGACUUGGAUCCAUUCCUCCUUUGAUCACUAUGCUUACAAUGACUGCUUGUACCGAAAUCUUUACAAAUUUCAGUAUAUUGCUUUAUUGGAUCUGGACGAACUUCUAAUGCCCACACAACAUAAAACAUGGAGGGGCUUAUUCCAAGACCUGAAAAACAAUGGAAACGAUCCAUUGGAUUACUCAAGCAUUAUGUUCUACCAUUUGUACUUUUUUGGCAACAAAACGGGACAAUCCCAAACUGGACACGCUAUGAUGGAUUCAGAUCUUCGAACUGCUAUACCAAUACCACAAGCUUGGCAGAUCAAGGGAUUUUUCAACACUCAGAGGAAUCUGAUAGUAUUUAAUCAUUAUACAAUUGAUUGUAUCACAAGAUCAUGUGAAACGUAUCACGUGGACCUGAGUAUGGGUCAAUUGAAUCAUUAUCGAUCUGAUUGUGUCAAAGUGAGCAUCAUAACACCAGAGAUUUGUAGCACAAUGAAGAAUACUCUCACCCAAGACACACUAACCAAGCGCUACGAAGACCCUGUGGCCCUAAAUGUGUUCCGAACCUUGCAAACCAUCGAUUUUGAUCCCAUUUAUGAGGGGUGAUUAAUAUGUUGGAGCGAGUGCGUAUUCUUUCCUGACCCUUGCUAACAACGAAGUAAAUUUGCUUUGUGCAGACAAUAAAUUAGAGGCCUAAAAACUGUCCAAAAAAGGAAUUUUUCAUGAAUAAGAGACGCUUUGUGCUGAAUAGUGAUACGCAUACCUAAGUGUAGUGUUUGUAAAAAAAAACACCACUUUUUAGAAUUUAAAGCAAACCCAUUUUUCUUUCGGAACCGUCGGCAUCGCUUCAAGGCAGUAGAUGUUACGAAUACGAAUCCAAACUUAUUCUUUUUCAUUAAUAUGUUCCGUUAAUACCAAAAAAACAGAUUCAAGU